UAUCAAUAAAAGCCACCGUCAUUACACUUGGUGGUUGAAGUGAAAAUAAGUCUAAAAUUUAAAUCGAACAUUUUAUGCGUUAAAGAAAGUAUGAAGCGAUUCGUUUAUUCAAUUUUUCUUGUCGUGUGUGCCGUGGCGGCAACUGUGAAAAGUCAAGGGUGUUUUCAACCGCUUGGAAUUCAAAAUGGUGCCAUAAAAAACGAACAACUUUCUGCAUCUUCCACCAAAAAGUAUCACUAUCCACAUUUAGCACGGUUAAAUCGGAACGACGGUUCGAGAGCAUGGUGUGCAAUGAACAAUGACACCAAACCAUGGAUCAAGGUGACAUUGAACGGCACGUACAAGAUAACAAAAGUCGCUAUCCAAGGUAGAAAUCACACUUACCAGGGUUGGUUCGUGACGAAAUUUCGAGUGAUGUAUCAAAAUGGGAAAUAUUUAAAAGUUGUUCCGGGGUCGUUACAAGGACCCCGCUCGAAAAACGAUAUUGCCGAUGUUUGGUUAGAUACGUAUGACAUCGUGACAUCAGCUAUUGUAAUUAUGCCACUGCGAUGGUAUCCUCUAAAUUCAAUGGCUUGUCUGAGAAUGGAAUUGUACGGGUGCAAAACUAAGGAUCCAACAAAGCCACCCAGUCCAGAUUUUUGUGCUCUGAAUAAUACCUGCGAGCAUAUAUGUGUGAAUGGGAUUAGUCGAGCUGUAUGCCAAUGUAAACCAGGGUUUGAACUGCACAAAGACAGGAAAAGCUGUACAGAUAUUGAUGAGUGUAAAUUGGGUAAAGACAGGUGUGAAGUGUAUACAACCGAUUGUGUGAACACACCUGGUUUCUAUAGAUGCGAUUGCAACCAUCCGGGAUUGGAGAAAAGAAGUCAUUACUACAAUAAAUGUUUUGACAAGGACGAGUGCAGAUAUAAUAAUGGCGGAUGCAAUCAUAAAUGUUACAAUUACUACAGAUUUUACAAGUGUUCUUGUUACGAUGGUUACCACAUGGGAACAGACAAUCACACUUGUAUAGACAAUGAUGAAUGCAAAACAAACAAACAUCAAUGCGAUAUUGCAACGACAACCUGUCAGAAUAGACAAGGAGAUUAUGUGUGUCCUUGUUUUAGUGGAUUGAAACAUGAGACAGUUCACAAUUGUACAGAUAUCAACGAGUGUGACACAAUGAAUGGUGGAUGUGAUGACGUCUGCACAAAUGCAUAUCGUUCCUACUCGUGUUCAUGCAGGAAGGGAACUACGUUAGAUGCUGAUAAACAUGCAUGCAAUGAUAUCGAUGAAUGUUUACUGGGCCAACACAAUUGCAGUCAAAUUUGUAAUAACUUCUACAGUGGUUUUUCGUGUGAUUGCUUUGUUGGGUACAAACUGGCAGAUGACAAAAAAACCUGCGUCGAUGUCAACGAAUGCAUUGCAAAUAACGGAAAAGGAAGCUGCCAAUAUAAAUGCAAAAACACAAUAGGCUCAUACCAGUGCUCGUGUCCGUCCGGAUUCAGGCUAGCCAGUGAUGGUAAAGCAUGCCUGGAUAUAGACGAAUGUGGUACACGUCAGGACAAUUGUGAUGUGGGCACUUCUUCCUGUAUCAAUACUCAAGGCUCGUUUGAGUGCCGUUGUAAUGAUGGCUUUCAGAAGAAUGCCGUUACAGGCAUUUGUGAAGCUAAAAAAUGUCCUGCUAUCAAGUCCUUUCCAAAUGGAUAUCUCUCGCCAUCAGAUUGUUCCAAUAACAAUGCUAAGCAGUAUAAAGAUGUGUGUACAUUUAAAUGCCACCAGGGUUAUGAACUGAACGAGAAGUCUGUUAAAACUGCAUUUUGUAACUCAGAUGGAAACUGGAAUCUGCGUGGUGGAUAUCAAGCUAUAUGUCAACGUAUUCGCUGUGGAAAUGUGUCUGAUGUGGCAGAUGGUAUGUUGAUUCCAUCCUCAUGUCAUGCAACAGGUGUCAAGUACGGUGACCAAUGUCAGCUUUUCUGCAACAAUGGAUUUACCUUACAAGGUCGAAAAGCAAUCACGUGCCAAAAGGAUGGAAAUUAUGAUCACGAUUUUAAAAAAUCUAAAUGUGUCCCAAGAGUCCCAUUAAAUUGUCCAGAAGACAUUAAGAUUGUUUUACCACUCGGCGCAAGCCACGUAUCAAUUCCGCUUAGUAAAUUUGCUGGUUUGGACAUUCAAAAUUUGAAAUCUAUUCCUGAUGGUGUAUUGACAGGCAAACAUAAAUUUCAAUCUCGUAUUCAAUCACAAGCAGUUAAACUUCUUUCUGGAGAUGAAUCAUGUGUUUUUCAUGUCACAGUCACAGAUCGAGAGCCACCGAAAGUAUUAAACUGUCCUACGGAUGACAUUUACGUCACGGUGUUAGGACUAAAGGGGGCUGUGUCGUGGCCUGAACCAGAAUUUAAAGACAAUGUGAAAGUGGAGAAGGUUAUUCACAAUAUUAACAACAACGAAGUGUUGCCAGCGCAAGUCUAUUUUGUUUACUAUGCUGCUAAAGACACGUACGGAAACGAGGCUACCUGCAGAUUCUUCGUUCACGUGAGAGCUCGUUAUUGUUUGAAGAACGAAAUCCCUGGAGGGGACGGUGCUAGUAUGAUUUGGUUCCCAGGUGGAAGCAACCAACUUAAUGUGUUUCUCAAUUGUCCUCCUGGUAAAAUGUUUUCGUUUAAUGUGAGCGGGGCUUCAAUAUUUCGCUGUAACGGAGGCGUAUGGGCUGAUGUACCUGAUUGUGUCGGGUACACGAUGAGAAAUGGUACAUGCCCUACUGGCCACAGAGUUGUUCAGGAUGCAGCCACUUUUCAAACAAGAUGUGCUAAAUGCCCAAAGGGUACAAAAUAUACGAAUGGAAAUUGUGAAAAAUGUCCCGCAGGCUCCUAUCAAGACAACGAGGGGUCGACACAGUGUGUUCAGUGUCCAUCCGGAACCACAUCGCUACGCGAGGGUGCAAAAGAUGCAAGCGCUUGUCAAGCACAGUGCCAACCUGGUGGAUACUCUUCCACUGGUUUAUAUGGCUCAUCUGGUUGCGACAGAUGCCCAGAAGGUUCUUAUCAAGAUUUGUAUGGUCAGCAAUCAUGCAAGCUUUGUCCAAAUGGUGGCAAAACAUUUCUUGGUGCAACAUCAGAGGACCACUGCUCGUUACCUGCACGCGUGUCCAAAAUUUAUCCAGAAACUGAAGUUAUUUCUGCAUUUGUUGACGAUACUGUUGUGAUCAAAUGUUACGGCACCGGCAGUCCGUCACCAUUUAUGCAAAUUAGGAAUGUGACAGAACUAGCACCAGCUUCGUUCCGAGGUGCAGCUCGACUGCAGCCACUAAUCACAGGUAACAAGUACAUAUCUGGCAUGCAGCUUACCAUUGAAAACGUGCAGACAUACGACACAGCUAUAUACAGAUGCUCUGCUGACAACAGACGUGGCAGUCAAGGAGGGUUAGAUGAAAGAGAUGUAAUCAUUGAAAUUGCUCCCAAAGUGUAAUUUGUUUAUCCGUAAAGAUGUAUAACCAUA